AUGAUUCGUUCAAGAUUUAUAUCCUCUAUCACAACACAACAAACUGAUGAUGGUCCGUUACUUUAUUUACUAAUCUUUUUCAUGGUGCUCAUAUUUUUUAGUGGUAUAUGUUGGAUAUUUUGUUGUGGCACUUGCGUUGGUAGGGAUUUAUUAAAGUUUUGUUGCAGAACUACUUGGCUUUUCCCUAAAAUUAGACAUAAUAAACGAAAAAAAAAUCGUCUCAGAUCGGGUGGGAUAAGAGGUGGUAACAAUUCUAAAAAUGACAGAUCUCCUUUGGAUGAUGAGGAAUGGGAAAUGUUGGAAGAUGGUGAACUUUUUAGAGAUGUAGAUGUUUAA